AUGUACUUUCUGCAACACUUCCUCAGACGGCAAAAGUAGUUGAAGCCUUGCAGGUGAAGAAUGGUCAAUGCACCAUCAAGAACCCGUUCAAAAGACCAGACUGAGGAUGAAGUGUUGCUUGCUGGUUUAGUGAUGGUGUGCAUCCAAAGCAUAUUGAGUUAUGAUAAUGGGAGGGAGAUUGGACAGUUAACUCUCCAACAUUUCCCUUACUCUAAAGUUUGGAACUUUCUGCAACAUUACAGUAAAGCAGCAAAACUUUGAAAACUGAUGAAAAUUGGAGAUGAGUCACUGAAUAUCGUAUUAUAUCUACAAGAUGGUAGAGUUAAAAUUAGCUUCUUAAUAUAGACUUUUCAAGAUU